CUCCGAGCAAGUACUAAUUGACAAGCAGGCUGAAAUGCAAUCGAGAGAAGCCAUGUCAAAACUGUACGGCCCGGAAUCAACAAGCGUCUUGCAGGUUCCGUGGCCCGGCGACUCAGAUUCCAGGCCUGUCUCGUGGAAAUGGGGAUGAAGAUACUAUGCACGGACGUAUCGGCCACUUGGAAGACCUCGUAAAAAGGCUCAUUGACCAGCACCAGGGAGUCUCUUCAUCCAGCAAGGAUGUUUUCCAUUCUGCCGGGAGCCCCAACCGCGAGGCGAGGUCAACAUUGCCUGAUAGACCGCCUGGUGCGCGCACCAUUGACUGUGCUGAAUCUACCAACAUCGAUGAUACACAUUCAGUAUAUCAUAACGAGAAUGAUUGGUAUACCGUUUUACAGGAGAUUAGGGAGUUAAAAAAGACGUGGUCUCAGGAGCAGGAUGACCAGAGUGACGAUAGCGUUCGUCCCAACGCAUCGCACACAGUGGAUGGAUCGAGUCUACUGUUCCAACAGGUCGAGCCGGUCGAACGCGUGGAGAUACUAUCUGGUCUGCCAUCCAAGCCACAGGUUGACAAACUCAUCUCGUACUUUUUCGACCAUCAAUCAUUUCCGAUCACCGUACCUCCGAUCCUCCACAAGCCGACAUUCAUGAAGCAUUACAAUGACCAUUGGAAUAAUCCCAACGAAACCAACAUCAUCUGGCUUGGUCUCUUGUUCUCAAUAUUAGGCAUCACAAUGCUAGCCUACCAUCAAUACGGUGAACCGGCAGAGCACGAAGGCAAGUCCGAAUCACUCUUCCACCUCUAUCGAACGCGAACGGCCCAAUGUUUACUCAGUGGCGACGUUGCCAAGUGCCUACCGUACACGGUAGAGGCGUUGCGCUUCAAUGCAACCGCCGAGUUGAAUCGGAAAGACGACAGUCGUCGUGGACUAUGGAUCAUGACCGGUGUCAUCGUUCGGACUGCCAUCAACAUGGGCUAUCACCGCGAUCCCGGAGCUUAUCCCAACCUUUCCGUUCUUCAAGCCGAAUACCGACGCCGCAUCUGGCUAACUGUGAUCAGUAUGGACGACAUGGCCUCCUUCUUCCUUGGGUUCCCACGCAUGAGGUCGAUGAUUUACUCCGACACGAAGGAGCCGCGAAAUUUACACGACUGGGAACUCUCGGACGAUGUUACUGCGUCUGCGACCGUUCCUCCAUCGCGAUCAUUCUCGGAAAUCACAGAAACCACAUAUCUAAUCGUCAAGAGCCGCCUUCUCAGUGCUCUAGGCCGCAUCUCCGACUUCAACAGCAAACCUACCCCAGGUCCGUACGAGACGGUCCUCGAGAUAGAUCGUGCCGUAGAUGACGCAUACCACGGGUUCCCAGAGCACAUGAAAGUGCCUUCUCUCAAAGACACAUCCUCGCCCAUCCGCACUGUUGCCGAGUUCUCCAAUCUGAGUUUGUUGUGCAUGUACCAUACGGGAAUAUGCACUCUUCACCGCCGCUUUCUGGUCCAAGGGAAAGAUGACAACGAGUUCAUGUUCUCACGGAACAGGUGCAUUUCCUCUGCUCUGGGUAUCUUGGACUUUCAACGUAUUGUGGAACCAUCGUUUUACCGGAUGUCUCAGACUCGACAUAUUCUCGUCCUCGCUGCGAUGAUUUUGUUUUUGGAGAUUGAGGUGAGACGAAAGGAGCCUCCUCCUGAAAGCGGCGAGAAAACUCCGGACACCAAGACUCUUCUUCAUGUGUUGGAGGAAUCAUGUACGUUAUGGGCACAAGCGAUGAACGCAUGUGAAGACACUUGGAAAGUCCACCGUUUUCUUGUCAGCAUGCUGUCAAAUGUAAAUGUCGACGACACUUGUACAAUGUCCAGGCCUGGUGGUGUCGGACCUGGAUCCUCGCAGACGGGAUCGAUGAUGACACCGAUGGAUUUGACGAUUACAGCGGCCGAUGAUGAUCUGCAGGCUGAUACGUACUGGAAGGAGUUUUCUACAUUUGAGAAGGAAUUAUCGAAUGUCGACUUUGACUGGGCUACAUGGGAUGCUUUCAUCGAUGAAACCGAUUACGGGACUGAUCCUGUGUAUUGAAGUUUUCAAUUCUUUUGUCGGUGUCUGUAGGGCAUGUUUUGUACACACUCGGAAGAUUCCACGUAUGAGUCAAUACUCAUCUUCGGCCAUAAUUCGAAACUGUAUCACGCCAAUUAACCAUUUACUCGGGAGAGUGAUGCUCCCCGAGUCGAGACCUAUCAAUGUGACGGGAAAUGAGAACGUUGAAAUCGUUACAUUACUAUCUCCAAAAGAAAUCUGACUACAAACGAGAGUGUUGCGGUUUUCCAAGUUCCCAUACCACCACGAUUCAAUAGAGCUACGGCAAUGUUCCAACGACAGCGGUAUUGGCAUCGACACGAUAUGUUGUUUCCCAAGGUUCUCCCAAAUCAUGUUGAAACCGGAAGCUUUCAGUAUUGGUCAUCAUCAGCAGCAGCACCAUUGAUGUUGUUGUUGUUGUUGCUGCUGAUGACAUUGACCUCGACCUCGACCCCGGUAUUGUGUUUGCGGUUGAAGUUGUGUCGAUGAGCUUCCAUGCGAGCCUGUCCCGGUGUCAUGUUGUGAACCCCUGACUUGAGGUGGUCGAUCAACUGGUGCAUACGACCAAACCCGUUGCCGAUGAUGCUACGGGGGCAGAUACCAACAAGAGGACACAAGUAUGCCUUGGGUUGGAUGUGAACCUCGCGCACGUGACGGCUACAGUCUCCCUUGUUCUUGAAGGACUUGGCACAGUAACAGCAGUACGUUGACUUGUCGGAGAGGCGGUUUGCCUUUUUGGGAAUUGAACCCCGUGUGUCUUUUGAGUUCGCCACAUCAGCACUUACAAAAAAAAAACUCACCCCAUCUCUGUGGGUCCAGUUUCAAGCUGGAAGCCACCGAGAGACGAGUCCGACUGAUUUCCCCAUUGGAACCCUUGGAUAGGCAUCAUGUCGAAUGAUGGUUGUUGAUUGCUUGAUCCAAUGGCUUGCAGAAUAUCAGGGCAAGCUAGGCAGGUUUGUGUUAGGGUGUUGUGGAUGCAGAAGAUUGGGAAGCAGCAAUAUUGGCAUGACUGAGUGGGGAAGCCAUGCUGACAGAAAGCAUUGUAAGGAUCCAUGACUGUGCCAAUAACGAUGUGAAGAAGGUCGAGAAAAUUGCGAAAAAGUCCUGAAUUUUGGGUCGGGGGAGGAAGAUGGUCUUAUGCUUGGAAAGGGUGCCCGAGGGGAUUUGGAUGGUCUUGGGUAGGGCACACGGGGCAGACAGGGCAGA